ACGGACUUGAAGUGAAGAAACAGACUCUGGAUGACUUUUACUUUGUCCACACUCCUUCUCUUACUGUCGGACAAAAGGACAGACAGCAGUGGGCAUUAAAAACAAACCGCAGCGGAAGAGAAACCUGACAGCGCCGCUCGGACUCUACUGAGGGAACUGACGGAGAAUACAACGGUCUCCACAAGAGGUAUAGCGACCUCCCAGCAUGCAGCACUACGGGGUGAACGGCUACUCUCUGCACGCCAUGAACUCGCUGAGCGCCAUGUACAACCUGCACCAGCAGGCCGCGCAGCAGGCGCAGCACGCGCCCGACUACCGGCCAUCCGUGCACGCGCUCACACUGGCAGAGAGACUAGCUGACAUCAUCCUGGAGGCUCGCUACGGCUCUCAGCACCGCAAACAGCGCCGCAGCCGCACGGCCUUCACCGCACAGCAGCUCGAGGCGCUGGAAAAGACCUUCCAGAAGACACACUACCCGGAUGUGGUGAUGAGAGAGCGACUGGCCAUGUGCACCAACCUGCCCGAGGCCCGCGUGCAGGUUUGGUUCAAAAACCGCAGAGCCAAGUUCCGUAAGAAGCAGCGCAGCCUGCAGAAAGAGCAGCUUCAGAAGCAGAAGGAAGCCUCAGGAGAAGGAGGAAGCGAGAAGGAGGAUGCAGCUCCCUCCACAACGGUCCUUCCUGACACCCAACUCCCUCCUCCCUCCUCCUCCUCCUCUUCUCUGGAGACAGAGGGUGCUGGGGUCUGUCCCGAACCCCUGGACAUCGAACUGAAUGUCACAUCAGCAGAACACUCUGGCAGCGAGUCUGCGACAGAGGACAAUGCCACAGAUAAGGAGGACGAGGGUAAAUCUCAGAGAGAGGAGAUGAAGUGUGAGAGAGCAGCGACUCCUGAGGACAGAUCUCCAGGUUGCAAAAGACUCAGCCCUAAACCAGACUCUCCUUUCGUCUCUCCGUCAGUGACGCCCUCCUCCUCCAGCGGCGGCAUGUCCAGCGCUGGCCCCCUCCCUCAGAGCCACUCUUACUCUUCCUCCCCCCUCAGCCUGUUCCGUCUGCAGGAGCAGUUCCGUCAGCACAUGGCCGCCACCAACAACAUGGUGCACUACCCUGCCUUCGACCUCUCCGCCCCAUCUUCACUCCCCUACCUGGGGAUGAAUGUUAACAUGCCCCCCGCCCCGCUGGGCUCUCUGCCCUGCCAGUCUUACUACCAGUCCCUGUCCCAUCACGCCCAGCAGGUGUGGGGCAGCCCCCUGAUGCAGGCGCCGGCUGCGGGCGGCCUGGCCAGCCACAACAGCAAGACCACCAGCAUCGAGAACCUGCGUCUGAGAGCCAAACAGCACGCCGCCUCGCUGGGACUGGACACAAUGUCUAACUGAGGAUCAGAUUGUAUGGAGGACAAA